CCUCCCACCACCACCCCGAGUUUCACAUUUAUCAACAAGAAGAAGCAGCACGUUAGAGAGGAGGACUUUCUCCAGUAGAGAAAUAAAAAGAUUUUCAGUUUUAAAUAUAUAUUGAAUAUAUAAUAAUAAUUGAUCACAAUCAUGACAACUUCGGUGCGAGUUAGACGGUAAACUUUGGAUCCAUAUCGCCUUCUCUAAAGCCGGAAAUCAGUUAUUGCAAAUAUGCUGGAAUCGAAACUUAAACUGGAAAACCAAAAGACAAGUAAAUCCUGACUAUUACCUACAAUCCCAUCAUGGCUCUCUCAGCUGUCCCAGAAUGGAGGGAUAAGAUGGCAGGAGAGCAGCAAGUGGAGGAUGAGUUUACUUGCCCAGGUGUAUUGCAAGGCCCUUUGAUCAACCUGAAACCCACUGUGGAUCGAGUGUUUGGUGUGACUUUAAAAAUCUUUGGGGAAGACACCUCAUAUGACCCUGAGGAUGGACAAAUUUGGCUCCAGUUGAAUGGAAGAAAAGAAGAAGUGGAGGCAGCGAAGCUUUUUAUAAAGGGUUUUAUGAACCAGGAGGCUCAGAAGGAAGUUCAGUAUCCGCAUGUCCUACAUUGUGUAUUCUUUGGUGCCAGGGGAUUGUUUACUGACUCCCUGAUUAGAAAUACUUCAGCACAUAUAGAGGUCGGCUCAGUAGGCUGUAUCCUCAUUUAUGGGUUAGCUGAGCCUGUUGUGAAGGCCUACUCCCUUGUCGUAGACUUGAUAGACAAGUACAAGGUUAGCCAAUCACAAACCACUGAUGCAGGACGCGAAUCCAUGGAUUCUCGACGGACAUUUAAAUCUGUGGUGGAGAGACUGGAGGACAGUUACACUCUGGAACUGCUGGUCCUGCCAGUGAUGGUUAAAGAAGUUCUUCUGGACUUAGUUAAGCAGUCAGGAACAGAUCCAAAUACUUUGGACAGAAGUGUAGUUUCAGCCGGAGCCACAAAACCUCUAAAACUCCAGGAGAUGAUGGACAGACUGAUGCUCAGUGAAUCUAAGGAAAAAAGCCUUGAGAAUUUAAGGAGUACCACUGUUUCUUCAAGAGCAAAUGGGACACCAUUUCCUGACUUUCCAAAUUAUAAAAUCAAUGAUACAGGAACACAGAAUAAUCAAAUAGAGUCUCCAAGUCAAUUCUUUCGCUGUUUGGGAGCAGGCCCAGAGCCCAGCCCAGCACAGCAGGCCCAGCCCAACAGGCCCAUAGAGCCCAGGCCUGGUGCUGCAGGGGUAGAUCUAAAGAAACAAAACACAGACAUGCAAAAGUGGUCUGAAAGUGGAGCCCAUGAUAUAAAGAUGGAAACAGAGUCAAAUCAGGAGGACCAACAUGGAGAAAGUCUGCUGUCCACAACAAGCAAACAAGAAAAUGAGCACCUUCUUAAAUUCUUCACUGCUAUGGGCUUUAAUGAUGAGGUGGUGUGCAGGGUUUUGGCCCGUACUGGACCCAGAGAACCUUCCCAGGUUCUUGACUUGAUCCAGCAAGAGCAAGAUAAAACAGUGAUUCAGAUCUUAAAGCAGGAGAUGAAUGGGACUCCAGGGGCCAGUGAUGAGGAUUUUGUCCUCGGUGUGAUGAAGAAAGCAGCAGCCAGCUGUGGGUACACAGAAGACAAGGUGGCUGAGAUUUACAGCAACAUUCCUGAACUGAAACCGCAUGAGCUGAUCCUGGAACUUCAAAAAAAGGGCGAGAGUGAAUCCACUGGGAAGAAAGACAGCAAGGGAUUGAAAGCAGAAGAAGUAGUGGAGCAGCGGAGAAACGAUCCCAUUUCCAUUCAGCGAGCCAAGGGAAGUCCUUUGAACGAAGAGAAGAAAACUGAAAGGACUGAAGGGAAAAGUGGAAUUACAGAAAAGACUGACAAUCAUAGAAGUGUAAGCCUAGAAGGAGUAAUUAAAACAAAGCAGGAUCUUCAAGCACAUGGAAGAGGAAGGCCAUGUGUAGGGCUGAAGACACCAGCACACUUAACUGAGCCAGACAAGAACUUGGCAACCAUUACACAAGAUCCUCUGUCAUCUUUUGAAAAACUGACCCCAUUCCACACCAUUUCACUUUCUGUUUGUGGACCUCCUCAGCCGACAUACCCUUCCUCCAUGCACCCCAAUAUGGCAGAAGAAAAAAAACUUGCUCCAUUAGAGCCCACUCCCAGGUUUAAACACAAACCUCCACCAACCAAAGCAGCUGCAGUCAUCACCGGACAACAACGCUUCUUGGAAGGCCUUGUGACACCCUUUGUCCUCCAGCUGAAGGAUGGCCAUUGUGACCCGGGGCUGCGGCAGAUCAUCAUAGAUGGGAGCAAUGUUGCCAUGACGCAUGGUUUGGGAAUAUUUUUUUCCUGUCGAGGCAUUGCCCUGGCUGUAGAGUACUUUUGGAACCAAGGUCAUCGAAAAAUCACAGCACUUGUUCCCCAAUGGAGACAGAAGAAAGACUCAAAAAUUAAAGAGCAGCACUUUAUGGCACAACUACAGGAUCUUGGUCUCCUCUCAUUUACCCCAUCUAGAGAAUUUGAAGGACAAAGGAUAAAUUCCUAUGAUGACAGAUUUAUGCUGCAGCUUGCAAUGCAGACAGAUGGAGUGAUUGUAACGAAUGACAACAUGAGAGACCUUGUGGAUGUGUCAGUUGGAUGGAAAGAAAUCAUCAAGAAAAGGUUGCUCCAGUAUGUGUUUGCAGGUGACCUCUUUAUGGUCCCAGAUGAUCCUCUGGGCCGAAGUGGACCCCACAUUAAGGACUUUUUAAGGACCCAGAACAGGCCCCCUGCUGCAGGCAGUCACACAUUUGCUGGUACAGCCUCAAAUUUCCCCCAACCCUCACCUCAACCCAGAGCUCAAACAGAAGUGCUGAAGUACCGUGAACGGACACCCGGGGGCGCAAGCAAAGCUCACAGGUCAGCCAGAGGUCAUUCUCAGGACAGAAAGGAGAUGGCGAGGUCAGCAGAGGAGACGCUCAGGCUGAAACAGGAUUUAGUGAAUAUUUUUCCAGGGCAGGACAGCGUGAUUACAAUGACCUUACAGUGCUACCCAACCAUUAAAGACAUUAACCAGUUGUCGUUUUUCAUUCUGGAACAUGGAAACACAGCGCAGUAGAAGUCCAUGAAUGUGAGUGUGAGACUGACUCAGUAACAAAACCAUGAAAUCAGAGUAUUGAUGAAUCAAGCCCUGUAUUCCUGUAUUUGAACUGGAUGAGGAAGCAAUGAAACUGAUCUUGACAUCGAAACCAAAGUUUGGGUCCUUAAUUUAAAUUUGGUGUCUAUUUACAGACAAAUGUUUAGAAAAUACAGUACAAUACAAUUUAAUCUUGUAUUUUUUUUAAGCUAUUUCUAUUUAAAUUAUGUUCCACUGAUUUGAUCGACAUAAAGAUGAAUUGAUAUUUUAUCAGAGUUUUUAUAUAAGGUAUAUUUUAUUUUGAUUGUCCAAUGCUGCAUAUUGUAGUCAUUUUAAUUGACCUUAAAGAACAAUUGUACCAGCCGAUGUUUCAAUGUGAAAUGUUGUGAAAAGCCUAGCAAUAAAGUUCAAUUAUUUCAAAAGCA